ACGAACAGCAAAAGCAGGUUAACGUGUUAUAAUAAUAAUAUAUUAUUAUUAUUAUUACACACAUAGUAAUCAGGAUUAUUUCCAGAAUGGCUCAUAUGAGAACGUAUCGCACCAAUGUGAGGAUCGGAAACUGGAAUGAGGACCUGCGCUUAGAAGAGGAUGCAAAGAAAGAAUAUCUGGAGAAAAAAGAGAGGGGUGAGCUUUUUGCCCAGAAAGUAGACUUCCUCAAACAGAACAUUUUAAGCCCGGUGAAUCUCACUGUGACAACAGAUGGAAACUUGCACUUUGGGAAUGUCGUGAUGCUGGUGAACAUGGGAGGAGAAAAGAGGGAGUGCAGUGCAGUGAGCAUUAACGCAGACAUUAACGGUUUGAAGAAGAUUCCUUCGCCUUGUAUUCAAGCCCCAUGUGGAGUCAGUGCAGGAAGAGGUAUUCAGGCCUGCCUGCGCACCGCCUUCAUCAUUACCAGUGUCGAUGGCAGUCCGGAAGGGUCGACUCUGCGUUAUGAGCAAAGUUUUGCUCUUAAAACAACAAGUGGCUUUGCCGGGGGUCUUUACCUGACAAGUGACCUGCAAAGUUUUCAAAAGUGUGCCAAGAUGUCCCGGCUACAAGAAGUAAACUUGGAUGACGGCGGUUCCUUUCUAUCAUGGUGGAAGAUUGUCCACUUUGACCCCCAGGAGAGGCUUGAAUAUGAAGGUCAGCCUGUCCCAGCUGAUGUGAGCGUGCUGAUAAUACACUGCAAGACAAACCAGGCUCUUGCGGUUCUGGGUCAUCAUGUCCUUUGGACCACAUAUGACAAAGAGUAUGAGCUGACGGCUCACACUUUCCUGGACUCACACAAAGCCGAGCAGGACAACAACCACUGGAUCCUGUGCACCUCUGACUCUUUAGGGAAAGGGUCCGUCAUUCUCAACCACCCACAGUCAGCGGCCAACAACAAGGAGCUCACGCAGGCAAACCCUGAUGUCUAAAUCGACAGUAACACAAUUCACUCAAAUGCAGUAACAAGUAGAAAUACGGCAGAUAGAUACCACAUCAUAA